AUUUCUUUGACGUGUAUAUCUUUAUAUUUGAUUUAUUUAUAAUAAGUUUUUUUUAUUUCAUAAUAAAAACCCAAAUCAAGAUGACUCUGAAAUAUAUGAUCCUACUGUAAAUUCUUGGAAUGAGCUUCGGUCUCCUGUUGAUCAUCCACUUUUUUCACAAAGUGAAGUUCAAGGUUGUCUCGAUAUUGGUGACCCUGUGUAUACUUGUCUAUAUUGUGGUGCGUCGUUUUGGUUACUAGAGCGGGUUGAAAAACAGUCAAGAAUUAAUCAGCCUCUUUUUACACUUUGUUGUUUUCAAGGAAAAAUUCAAUUACCGUAUCUUCAGAAAGCUCCAGAUUUAUUAUAUAAUUUGAUUCAUGGUCAUGAUAGUAAGUCUUUACAGUUUCAGAAGAAAAUUCGGUAUUAUAAUAGUAUGUUUGCUUUCACUUCUCUUGGUGGUAAAGUAAUAGACUCAGUGAAUGAUGGAACUGGCCCACCACAAUUCAUCAUAAGUGGUCAAAAUUAUCAUAGGAUUGGAAGUUUAUUACCUCAGGCUGGUCAAGUUCCGAAAUUUGCCCAAUUAUACAUAUAUGACACAGAACAUGAGUUAACGCAUAGAGAAAGAAUAUUUGGGCAAAGUUCAAAUAUAGAUAGACAGCUGAUAAUUGAUUUGACCCAAAUGAUUGAUCAACACAAUCCCAUAGCACAAUCAUUUAGAAGAGUAAGGGAAUUCCAUGAGAAUCACCCGUCUCAGAUGUUUUCUUUGAAAUUGUUUAGUCAAAGAGAACGUGAUCGAAGAGUUUAUAAUUAUCCUUCGUGCGAUGAAGUUGCUGCUUUGGUUGUUGGUGAUUUUGAUUCUUCUGAUACUGGUCGUGAUGUCAUUGUUAAAUCUGCAACUGGCCAACUUCAAAGAAUAUGAGACACAUGCUUUAUACUGGCCAUUGCAAUAUCCCUUGCUUUUUCCUUACGGGGAAGAUGGUUAUCAAUUGGGUAUUCCUUAUCGAGAUAUUCAAGAUAUAAAUGUUGCAGGGAGAAGGACUAGAGUAUCCAUGCGAGAAUUUAUCUGUUUUCGUUUGCAAAUGAGAGAGGACGAGGAUAGCAUUAUUCAUAAGUCUAGAAGAUUGUUCCAACAGUUUGUUGUUGAUUCAUUCUCUAUGAUUGAGUCACAAAGACUUUAUGAAAUCAGGAAAAAACAGAGUACAAUUAGAGGAGAAGUCUUACAAGGUAUUGAAGAAGCUAUGCGACGCGGUGAUACUGAAGCAUCAUCAAUUGGUACUCGAGUGAUUUUGUCUUCUUCCUUCACUGGUGGUAAACGUUACAUGUUUAAUAAUUGCCAAGAUGCUAUGUCUAUUUGUAAGCAUUUUGGGUAUCCAGAUCUAUUUCUUACCCUUACUUGCAAUCCUAACUGGCCUGAGUUUCAAAGAUAUACUAAUCGUGAUCAAGUUCCAAUUGCUGAUCGGCCAGACAUUGCUUGCCGAGUCUUUCAUGCUAAGAUGAAGUGUCUUCUUAAUGAUCUUAAGAAUGGUGUUUUUUUUUGUCCUCUUAAUGCAGGUAUGUAUACAAUUGAGUUUCAAAAAAGAGGUUUGCCACAUGCACAUAUUCUACUUUGGCUUGAUGGAAGGAAUAGAUUGCAGAAUAUUGAAAUUGUUGAUGAGUUGAUUUGUGCGGAACUUCCUAAUCCUAUGAAGUUUCCACAUUUGUAUAGUGUGGUUAGUAAAUACAUGAUUCAUGGCCCUUGUGGUAGGGUAAGACCAACUUCUCCAUGCAUGAAAGAUGGAAGAUGCUCCAAGUUUUAUCCGAAGCAGUUUGUUAAUUAUACGAGUUUUGAUGAAGAUGGUUAUCCUAUUUACAAGCGUCGAGAUAUUGGUGUUACAGUUAAAAGUCAUGGUGUUGAUCUUGAUAAUAGAUUUGUUGUUCCAUAUAAUCCAUUAUUGUUGAUGAAGUACCAGGCUCAUAUUAAUUUGGAAUUUUGCAACAAGUCAAAUGUUAUAAAGUAUCUUUUCAAGUACAUUAACAAGGGUCCAGAUCGUGUAACUGCAACUAUUAGUCAUUCAACUGAGACAACUCAUUCUUUUGAAGUGGUUGAUGAGAUCAAACAGUAUUAUGAUUGUCGGUAUCUUUCACCUUGUGAAUCUAUGUGGAGAAUUUUUGCAUAUGAAAUUCAUCAUAGAUGGCCACCUGUGCAAAGACUCAGAUUUCAUUUACCUAAUCAGCAGCAUGUUGUGUUCGAUGAUCAUGAUACUAUUGGCUCUGUUUUAAUAAGAAAUAGAGAUUUGAUGACAAUGUUUACUGCUUGGAUGAUGGCUAAUCGAACAUAUGUUGAAGGACGAACACUAACAUAUGUUGAGUUCCCAAGUAAAUUCGUUUAUGAUUUACAAUCUCGACAGUGGAAACCAAGAAGAAGGGGAUUUUCUAUAGGAAGAUUGAGUUUUGUUCAUCCUUCAACUGGUGAGCUGUUCUAUAUGCGUAUGCUUCUCAAUGUGCAAAGAGGAUGCACCAGUUUUCGAAGUAUAAGGACUGUCAAUUCUGUUUUAUAUGAUACAUUCCAAGAGGCAUGUUCUGCCAUGGGAUUUUUAAUAGAUGAUAAUGAGUUUGUCUUGGCCAUUAAUGAAGCGGCUGAGUUAUCUUCUGGCACCCAAUUGAGAAAACUUUUUGUUUCAUUGUUAAUAUCUGGUUCUGUCUCUAGGCCCGUUUUAGUCUGGAAUCAAACUUGGAAAUAUUUAUCUGAUGAUAUCAUUUAUUACAGGCGAAGUGAGCUUCAUAUUCCAGGAAUAACAAUGACUGACGAAGAGUUACAAACAUUUUGUCUAAUAGAGAUAGAGAAAUUGCUACAGGCCAAUGGAAAAUCAUUAAGAGAUUUUGCUGAAUAUGACAUUUCUGUGAUGCUUGAAGAACACGAUUCAAAUUUUCCAAAGUUGAAUGAAGAACAGAAGUCAAUCUAUGAUAGGAUUAUACAUUGUGUUACUAACAAGGAACACGGGUUGUUUUUCAUUUAUGGGUUUGGUGGGACUGGAAAAACUUUUUUGUAUAGACUCUUAUCUGCCAAAUUGCGUUCUCAAAGAAGAAUUGUUAUUAAUGUUGCUUCAAGUGGAAUUGCUUCAUUAUUGUUACCUGGUGGUAAGACAGCUCAUUCUAUGUUUGGUAUCCCAAUUGAAUUGAAUGAAGAUACUAUUUGUAGAAUUCCGAAAGAUAGUCCUAAGGCUGAUUUAAUUCGACUUGCUGAGCUAAUUAUUUGGGAUGAAACUCCAAUGACUAACAAGUUGGCAUUUGAAGCUUUAGACAGAAGUUUUCGAGACAUAAUGACGUCGAUUUCAGUGUCUAACAAAGAUCUACCUUUUGGAGGAAAAAUCAUUGUUCUUGGAGGUGAUUUUUGA